AUGAAAUUCAUAGAAAAAACCCAGGCGAUGAGGUGCGAUUGGGUAAGGAGAUUCACGCCGAUACACGGAAUACCCAACCGAGUUAUGGACUAUUUAGGCAACGUUGUAGUAGCUACUGAUGAAUCUGUGAUGGUCGCGCCGACAUACAAUAAGGAAAAUGAGGUACGGCAGAAUGUUGUUGGUGAAAACGAUGAUGAUCAACAAUGUUGUGUACCUACACCGCCGCUAACCAGAUCAGAGUCCAUGGAUAGUGUUAUGAGUAUGGCCAGUGUGACUAGCACUGUGUCAGUUUCAUCGUCACAGCGUUCUAAAGUAUAUUUCUGCGAUUAUCAAGGGUGUAACAAAUCGUUCACAAGACCGAGUUUGCUCACGGAGCAUCAGCUCACCGUGCAUCAUGGAAUCAAACCGUUUAAAUGCGACACUUGUGGCAAAGAAUUUGCGAAAAAAUCGCAUCUGAAUAGACACAUGUUCUCUCAUACAGAUGAUAAACCUUUCACAUGUUCUAUAUGUGGGAAAGGUGUCACAACCAGACAACAGUUAAAGAGACAUGAAAUUACACAUACGAAGUCCUUCCACUGUUCAUAUGAGGGAUGUAACGAAUCAUUCUACAAACAUCCACAACUCCGAUCGCAUAUCUUGUCCGUUCACGAAAAGAAACUUACCUGCCCUCACUGUAACAAGACGUUCCAAAGGCCUUAUCGAUUGAAGAAUCACAUAGAUAAGCAUCACAACCCAGAAUCUACCGGAAUGUACCAAUGUGACUUUCUUUCAUGUACCGACGUAUUUUCCACUUGGUCUUCUUUACAACAACAUAUUAAACAAUGCCAUCCGAAAUUACCAUGUCCUAUUUGUGGGAAACCUUGUGUUGCUGAAUCAGGUUUACGGAAUCAUAUGAUGAUUCAUGACGAGAGUUUGGUCACUAAGAAUUGGAAAUGUUCUUCAUGUCCAGAUACAUCAUUUGCGAAGAAAACUCAGCUAGUACAACAUUAUGAAGAAAGUCACAAAGAUGUAGAUCCAGAAUUGCUAUUACUGCCGACGGACGCUGAUGAAGAUACGAAUAUUAAAGUGAAUACAGAUAUAAAGAUAUCAGAAACGGAGGACAGUUUUAGUUCAGGGAAAAAAACGUUACUUGAUUUCCCCUCUUUCUCAAAGAAACGGAAAGUUGACGAGCUUGGAUCAGUUGAAGCAGAAAUAAAGAUAAAGAAGUAUAUUGAGUCAGGGAAGACAACCAAAUCAUUGUUAUUGAAUACAGUGGGUCAGAAAAGAAAAUGUCCAUAUACCAAUUGUAACAGAACAUUCAAAUCAAAAGAAAAAUUCGAUACUCAUAUUGAAAAGCACAAGAUUCAUGAAUUAAAGAUGAAGAUUCUUGAGGACGAGAACCAAAAAUCCUCUAAGAAUGACCACGCUAGGAAGAUUUAA